AGGUGGUGAUGCAGCUAGUCAGACUACUGCCGGACGGCCACCAGAUGAAGAGGGAGGUGGACAUGGCUCUGGACUCAGUUAGCGAGACCAUGACCCCCAUGCAUUACCACCUCAGAGAGAUAAUCAUCUGUACCUACAGACAGAUUAAAAGUGGUAAGAGUGAGAAGGAGGUGCAGCAGCUGCUUCUGAAGAGUGUCCAGUAUCUGGAGCGUUACAUGUACCUGAUCCUCUUCAACAGCUACCUGCAUCUGGAGAAGAAGAACUCCUGGCAACGAUCCUUCACCACCUGGAUGCAACAGGUUAGUGGGCCUCCCGUUCAUUCACACAGCACAACUCACAGUGGAAUAACAGCUGGCUAG